UUGUGUGUUGUGAUCUCGUUGAUUUGUGUGCCGCCUCCUGCGUGGGUGACUGUACCUGCUGUGCAUGCCAACUUAAAAGUUGAAAUGUCCAGUUGAAGAAAGAAUUAUGUACAGUAAUAAUUUGAAAUUGAUUCAGCAUCUAGACGUGUAGUGACAGUUCGAUCUUUGACUAUUCUUGACCAAUGUUAAUGUUGAAAAUACGAUUGCUGGUUAUCUACUUUAUUAGCUAUUUUUAAAAUAACAUUAAAUUACAUGGUCGAAAGGACACGCUCUUUUGGAAAAUGAAGGACUGGAGACGAUGCCUGCUGUUACUCCUGUUCAUAUUUCUUGGUGGAAGCGUUCUUCAGUGUGAGGCGGGCAGCUCGGUGACCCUGCCGGAGUCACUGCUCUUUGUGUCCACUCUGGACGGCAGCCUGCACGCGGUCAGCAAGCAGUCUGGUGACAUUAAGUGGACUCUCAAGGAAGACCCCAUCAUACAAGUCCCUGUCUACCUGACUGAACCAGGGUUUCUCCCAGACCCCAAUGACGGCAGUCUGUAUGUGCUGGGAGGCAAGAACAAGGAAGGCCUGAUGAAGCUGCCCUUCACUAUUCCAGAGCUGGUGCAGUCCUCUCCCUGCAGGAGUUCAGAUGGAGUUCUCUACACCGGGAAGAAGCAGGACACGUGGUUUGUGGUGGACCCUCAGACCGGAGAGAAACAGACCAGUCUAACGACCGGCUCUUCAGAGUCCAUCUGCCCCUCUGCACCCCUGCUCUACAUUGGUCGCACAGAGUACAUGAUCACCAUGUACGACACCAAGACGCGGGAGCUGCGCUGGAACGCCACCUACAAUGACUACUCUGCCCCUCUGUACGAUGACAAAUACGACUACAAGAUGGCACACUUCACCUCCAGUGGGGACGGGUUGGUGGUGACAGUGGACAGGGAGACGGGGGACGUGCUGUGGAUGCAGAACUACGGGUCCCCGGUGGUGGGAGUGUACCUGUGGAUGCAGGACAGCCUGCGGCGCGCCCCGCACAUCAGCCUGGCCAUGGAGACCCUGCGCUACCUCACCUUCUCCUCCCAUAACAUUCACACCAUGAAGUGGAGCUACCAGUUCGUCAAGGAGCAGGCCAGCACCAAGACACAGCUCGUCCCUACCCUGUAUGUGGGGAAGCUGGACUCCCAUUUCUACGCCUCUACGUCGCUGGUCCAUGAAGGCGUGUCCAUCGUGCCACGCGGCCUCACUUUGGCGAGGAUCGAAGGGCCGACCACAGAGGAGGUAACCGUGAGGGAGAGGGGCGAGUGCGAGAUCACUCCCAGCACGGACGUCAAGUACCCCCCAGGCACCACACAGAGCCUGCAAAACCAAUGGCUGCUGAUUGGUCACCAUGAGCUACCCCCUGUGGCACACACCACUAUGCUGCGGGAAUUCCCUGAAAGCCUUCAGCGUUCCGGGGAUGCUGUGAUCCCGCCCCGGUCCUCGCCACGCCCACCGUACAACCCAUUUGUGGCCGGGAGCAAGAGCAGAGAACCCCUGCCUGUCAAACAGGAAGCCCCGCCUGCAGCCACGCCCACUCGGACAGCCGUCCUACCGGAAAGCCUGACCAAGGAUCCUCUCACUCUGGCUGUGCUCACCCUGCUGCUGGGGGGCUGGCUGGCCUUCGUGUUCACAUACCCUCGGCGCAUGGCCCAUCAGGAGAAGGUGCAGAGGCAGCAGCUGGAGGAGGCUCUGGAGUCCCGGCUGCAGAGGCUGCAGACCCAGCAGAGUGCGCCCCCUCCCUCUGACACCACCACCCCCCGCAGCAGCAGCGACUCCACCAGAGACACCAUCUCCAACGGGUCUGCUCCCCUGGGAUCCCCACGCGCCACAGAGCCCCCACACACUGCGGAUGGAGAGCCCAAGGAAGUGGAGGUGGGGAAGAUCUCUUUCAGUCCCGCUGAGGUGCUCGGACAUGGUGCAGAGGGAACCUUCGUCUUUAGGGGUUGUUUUGACGGCCGGCGGGUGGCUGUGAAGCGGAUCCUGCCCGAGUGCUUCGACUUCGCCGAGAGGGAGGUGCAGCUCCUGCGCGAGUCUGACGAGCACCCCAACGUCAUCCGCUACUUCUGCACCGAGCGCGACCGGCAGUUCACCUACAUCGCCAUCGAGCUGUGCGCCGCCACGCUUCAGCAGUUUGUGGAGGACCCAGAGUGCCCGCACUCCAGCCUGGAGCCGGUGAGCCUCUUACAGCAGACCAUGUGUGGCCUGAGUCACCUGCACUCUCUGAACAUCGUGCACCGGGACCUGAAGCCGCGGAACAUCCUGCUGUCCAUGCCGGGCCCGCGGGGCAGGGUGCGGGCGCUCAUCUCUGAUUUCGGGCUGUGUAAGAAGCUGCCGGCCGGGCGGCACAGCUUCAGCCUGCGCUCUGGCAUCCCCGGCACUGAGGGCUGGAUCGCUCCCGAGGUCCUCCUCGACCCGCCCAGGGACAACCCCACCAGCGCAGUGGACAUCUUUUCUGCAGGAUGUGUGUUCUACUAUGUGGUCUCCAGGGGUCAGCAUCCGUUUGGAGAUACCAUACGGCGACAGGCCAACAUCCUGUCGGAAGCCUACAGCCUUGACCACUUCAUGGAUGACCUGCACGAUGACGUGAUUGCAAGGGACCUGAUCGAGGGUAUGAUCAGUGCGGACCCUCAGUCCCGCCCAUCCACAGCCUGUGUUCUCAAGCACCCCUUCUUCUGGAGCCCUGAAAAACAGCUGCAGUUCUUCCAGGACGUAAGUGACCGGAUAGAGAAGGAGCCGGCAGACAGCCCCAUUGUGGUGAGGCUGGAGACAGCGGGAAGAGCGGUGGUCAGGACCAACUGGAGGAUGCACAUCUCUGUCCCUCUGCAGACAGACCUCAGGAAGUUCCGUACCUACAAAGGCAACUCAGUCCGGGACCUGCUGAGGGCCAUGAGGAAUAAGAAGCACCAUUACCACGAGCUGCCCGCAGAGGUGCAGGAGACGCUGGGGGAGGUCCCAGAAGGCUUUGUGCACUACUUCACCUCACGCUUCCCCCGGCUGCUGCUCCACACGCACGGCGCCAUGCACUCCUGUGCCCACGAGCGACUCUUCCACCCUUACUACCCUCCUGCAGACCACGAGCCCCACUAAGGAGCAGCACAAGCCCUGUGAGGCUCCACAGAGACCCCAUCACACUCCAUGUAGAGGGAACGGCACAUCCCGACCACUCUAACCCCGCUCUCCCUCUGUGAAAACCCAAACCUGUGGACAUCAGUGGAUGGACUUGCACUGUGAACAUGGUUACACACACUGGAGAUACCCCAGCCAAACGGGCGCAUGAGGAGUUGCACUGAGCUGUUUGGGGACCUUUGAAGGCACCAGAGCCAAAAGGGGCUCCUGGAGAAUGCAUCCAUUUUGUAAAUUAUUUUGAAAAGGAAUUGUAUUUUUAAAGUAUUUUUAUCAAUCGAAGAUUUUGAUGGAACCAGUGUUUUUUAAAACUGUUUUACACAUUUAUCGAAAAAAAUAUUCAGCCAGAUGAGGAUCAUAAUGAUUUUUACACUGGAUAGGGUGAGCAAUAAAGCCUUUGAAGGUCCUUCAGCCUGAUGUCCCAUAGUGGCCUCUGUAUAUGGCUGAAUAAGUUUAAAGAAAAGAAAAAACCAUCUUUCCCACGUUUCAAAAGGUUUAUUAUUUAUUGCACAUAGCAAUCACCGCAAUGCAGUCAUUUUAAGUUCAGACACUCAUCUAUGCAUUUCAGCCAGUCAACUGGUUUACCUCAAAGUUGGACAUAAUGUGCUGGUUAGCUUAAAGGUACAAUAGGUAGGAUUUUUGUGUUAAAACAUUGUUACAAGACCAUUGUAAAUCCCUUCCUAUCAUUGAAAAAGGCUCACUGACAUGUUGACUCACCCUCUGCCUGUGUUUAUAGUCCUUAAAUUAAAUUAAAUUUAAAAAUAUGCAGUUUAUGGGCCUGCACUCUAUACCAAAAACAUUGUAUAGCUGUACAAUAAUUCAAGCUCAUUGGUUUAAAAUUGGUUCUAAUUGUCACAGCCAAUGGUAUUUCAACGUCAGCGCGUUCACAGAGAAGGGGUGGGAUAAGCAGUGUUGUGGUUUGAGCGUGUUUGUUGCUGCAAUUCCUCUCUUGAUCGUUAGAAGUCCGAAAUUACCUAUUGUACCUUUAACUCAAUCUGUGCGCAUGUGCUUUUUAAGUUCCUAUUAAUGUACUUCACUGCUUCUAAACACAAGUUGAGGAACCGGUUGGCUACUGCCAGCAUUGGCAAAUAUGCCCGCAAACUUUCUGGGUAAAAAAGGGUCAUCUUCAAGUGGUUUUAUUCGAUGCAUACAAGUUAUAAAGUUGUUUUAUGUUUCAGCAAUUGGGGAAAAUGUUAUUUGGAAUGCACACAUACACUGUGUUAUCUUGGAAAUUGGAUCUUGUAAAGAUUUGUAAGUAUCCCUUUACUUAUAGGAUAACUUGAAUUCACAUCCACAUACUUACUGGCCUGCACAUCUUACACAAGGACACAGCCUGGUAAUUCAAGUAGGGAAAUCUGCAAGGAAUUAUACAAGGAAAUCCUUCGCUUACAAGCUUUCUGUAAAGUGAAUGGGUCAAUUCAAAUGUGAUGGCUAAAACAUUUGUACUUUUUUAUACUCUGUGCAAGCAAUAACUUAUAAAAAAUGUUUCUCAAAUUCA